GCUUGGCCGCCAGCCCCGCGGCCCGGCCAGACGCCGGUACUGGACUCCGGCGCCAGCCCGCCAGUCGCUGCUCCAUCAGCCGCCGCGCCCCGAGCUCCGGCCACGAUGAGCGGCAGAGUCGGCGACCUGAGCCCCAAGCAGCAGGAGGCGCUGACCAAGUUUCGGGAGAACCUCCAGGAUGUGCUGCCCUUGUUGCCGAACCCCGACGACUAUUACCUGCUGCGCUGGCUGCGAGCAAGAAGCUUUGACCUGCAGAAGUCCGAGGCCAUGCUCCGGAAGCAUGUGGAAUUUCGGAAACAAAAGGACAUUGAAAACGUCAUGAGCUGGCAGCCUCCAGAGGUGAUCCAGCUGUACAUGUCAGGGGGCAUGUGUGGCUAUGACCUGGAAGGCUGCCCCAUCUGGUAUGACGUCAUUGGGCCUCUGGACACCAAGGGGCUGCUCCUCUCAGCCACCAAACAGGACUUGCUCAAGACCAAGAUGCGGGACUGUGAGAUGCUCCAGCGUGAGUGUGCCAGCCAGACUCAAAAGCUGGGGAAGAAGGUGGAGACCAUCACCUUGAUUUAUGACUGUGAGGGGCUGGGCCUGAAGCACCUCUGGAAGCCGGCUGUGGAGGCCUACGGAGAGUUUCUCUGCAUGUUUGAGGAAAAUUAUCCUGAAACACUGAAGCAUCUUUUUGUUAUUAAAGCCCCCAAACUGUUCCCUGUGGCCUACAACCUCGUCAAACCCUUCCUGAGCGAGGACACCCGCAAGAAGAUCAUGGUCCUGGGGGCAAACUGGAAGGAGAUUUUGUUGAAACACGUCAGUCCUGACCAGUUACCCGUGGAGUACGGGGGCACCAUGACCGACCCUGAUGGGAACCCCAAGUGCAAAUCCAAGAUCAACUACGGCGGGGACAUCCCCAAGAAGUAUCAUGUGCGCGACCAGGUGAAGCAGCAGUACGAGCACAGCGUGCAGAUCUCCCGGGGCUCGUCCCACCAAGUGGAGUACGAGAUCCUCUUCCCCGGCUGUGUGCUCAGGUGGCAGUUUGCAUCCGAUGGGGCCGACAUCGGCUUCGGGAUUUUCCUAAAGACCAAGAUGGGGGAGCGGCAGCGGGCCGGGGAGAUGACGGAGGUGCUGGCCAACCAGAGGUACAACGCCCACCUGGUUCCCGAGGAUGGCACCUUCACCUGCAAUGAUCCUGGCAUCUAUGUCCUGCGGUUUGACAACACCUAUAGUUUUCUUCAUGCCAAGAAAGUCAGUUUUACGGUGGAGGUCCUGCUUCCAGACAAAGCCUCAGAAGAGAGGUUGAACCAGCUGGGGGUAGUCAACCCCAAGUAACACCUCCUCCCACAGCAGGCCUGGCUCCCUCGGUGUCUCCCUGUCCAUUUCUAUUCCUUGUAGCAGUCAUUCUCCCAGCAUCUUGAAAGCCCCCCCAAACCAGAAAGACCUCAGGCUGGAUCUGGGGACAGUUCAUUUCCAAAAGCGGAAGAGAGAAGGUAGCAGGGGGUGGGGCUUCUUGCCUACAAUUACGAGGAGUGCCCAGGGACUGGGCAUCACGAUAGGACCUAGCUAUCUUUCCUGUGAGCUGUGCCAAUGCCACCUGUCCAGUGACAACUGAGACGGGGAGGGGAAGGGGGGGUGCCUUGGCAGGGUGGAGAAAGGGAGAUUAGAAAAUGGGGGAACAGACUGAGCCCUAACACUUCAGAGAGCUGCAGGGGAGGAACUUGCUCUCAAACGAGCACGUUGCAAGUCUAGGUCGUAAUGGGGAGUAGCAAGGUAGCCUUAUGGUGGAGGUCAGCGGUGCUCCAAAACUUUCUUUUAGUGGGGCUGGGAUCAUAGAGCCGGGGUCCCCUAGGUCUCAGGAGGUGGCCCAAGUUCUUCCAGGCUACUUGGAGAUAUAGCCUGGCCAUCACUUUGAGAACCUCAGUAACUCUUCCUGGGUCAUUCCAAUGAUUGUCAGUGACUCAAGAAUUUCUGGGACGGUGAGCUGGAGCCCUCUGUCCCAAUCUCCAAGCAAAGCCCAGGGAAAUUACCUCCCCAGGCAGAACUCCAUGAAGGGUUCCCUCCUGGAGGGAGGCUGAACUUAGUAGCGAGGCUUCCACCCUCCUUUUCAGGGGUGCCAACAUCUCACCCCAAAAAACGCACUCUAGGAGGGCUCCAGACAAAAUGAUAAGACGAAUGCACUCAGCGGGGCAUUUUCCUUUCCCAGGGAGCCCAUCGCAGGGCUUCGUCCGCCAACCGUCCCCCACCCGAUCAGAGUCUCUGAGAAGUGGGAGGCAGUAGCUUCCUCACGCCCAAGGGUUGGCUGCACUGCCGGGGUGCAAAGCUCUGCCAUCAUGUGGCAGAGCCAGGAGCUAAGGGCAGCCCCAGAAACCCUCGCAGGCCGCCAGCCACGACCCUGGGGGAGCCGCUCUGCAGGCAAGCACGGCACACGGAAAGGCGGCCUGACCUGGGCCCUCGCAGAAACUCCUUUCCCGCAGAUCCAGGUCCUGAUCCAGCCCGGGGGUUUGGGGGAGCUGGUCUCGUGAAAAUGUGGGAGCAGGAGUAGGCACUGGGCUGACGCCUAUGCGACAGGGCCCGACAGGGUCCGCAGCUGCAGGGGGGCCCGAAGGUCGCACGGACCCCAGCAGGACCCCGCUGGAGGAUAUCCCAACCUUGGUUACAACGCUCUGUUAGGAAAAUUAACCAACGAAUAAAGCAACGUUCAGUGCGCAA